GCGGCGGCCCUACGUCUCUCCCCUCCCCAACCCUGCCCCCCCUUCCCCCUCCCGCCGCGGCCCCCCCUUCCCCUAAAGUGAGUGAGUGAAACUGGCAGAUGGAGGAGGGACUGUAAUGGCGGCGGCCGGCAGCUCCCUGCUCUGACCUACGGCAGGCAUCCAGCAACAACCCCCUCCCCGCCCCUCUCCCAGCCGGCCUCCGCCCCGCCGCCAGCGCGGGGCCACCCUCUCCGGCCCUUCCCCCAGCGGUCGGCGUCUCGCCCCGCGCCCCGGCCGGGGCCCCACACACAAUGGACGAGCUCACCGGAGGCGGUGGUGGCGGCCCCGGGAUGGCGGCCCCUCCACGGCAGCAGCAGGGACCUGGGGGGAACAUGAGCCUUUCGCCCGGGGGGAAUGGAGCGGCGGGCGGCGGGGGUCCUCCGACCGCCGAGGGAGCGGGUCCCGCGGCAGGCCCAGAGCUGUCCCGGCCGCAGCAGUACACUAUCCCAGGGAUCCUGCACUACAUCCAGCACGAGUGGGCUCGGUUCGAGAUGGAGCGGGCGCACUGGGAGGUGGAGCGGGCCGAACUGCAGGCCCGGAUAGCAUUUUUGCAAGGAGAAAGAAAAGGUCAAGAAAACUUGAAGAAGGAUUUAGUAAGAAGAAUAAAGAUGUUAGAAUAUGCAUUAAAACAAGAAAGGGCAAAAUACCACAAAUUAAAAUACGGCACAGAACUGAACCAAGGUGAUUUGAAAAUGCCAACCUUUGAAUCAGAAGAAACCAAAGACACGGAGGCUCCCACAGCACCUCAGAAUAGCCAGUUAACAUGGAAGCAGGGCAGGCAGCUGUUACGACAAUAUCUUCAGGAAGUAGGUUACACAGAUACAAUAUUAGAUGUACGGUCUCAGCGGGUAAGAUCAUUACUUGGACUAUCUAAUUCAGAACCAAAUGGAUCAGUAGAGACAAAGAAUUUAGAACAGAUCCUGAAUGGAGGUGAAUCUCCUAAGCAAAAAGGACAAGAAAUCAAAAGGCCUUCUGGUGAUGUUCUUGAGACAUUCAAUUUCUUAGAAAAUGCUGAUGACAGCGAUGAAGAAGAGGAAAAUGACAUGAUUGAAGGCAUCCCAGAAGGAAAAGAUAAACAUCGGAUAAAUAAACACAAAAUAGGUAAUGAAGGUUUAGCUGCUGACCUAACCGAUGAUCCUGAUACUGAGGAAGCACUGAAAGAAUUUGAUUUUUUAGUGACUGCUGAAGAUGGUGAAGGAGCUGGAGAAGCACGGAGUUCAGGGGAUGGCACAGAAUGGGAUAAAGAUGACCUCUCCCCAACUACUGAGGUUUGGGAUGUAGACCAGGGACUAAUAAGUAAACUGAAGGAACAGUACAAGAAGGAACGAAAGGGGAAGAAAGGGGUAAAGAGGGUCAACAGGACAAAACUCUACGACAUGAUAGCUGAUCUGGGAGAUGAUGAGCUGCCCCUCAUCCCUUCAGGAAUCAUAAAUCAGUCUAGGUCAGCCUCUACUAGAACUGAUCAUGAAGGUGCAAGAGCAGAGGAAGCUGAACCAAUAACGUUUCCAUCUGGAGGAGGCAAGUCAUUUAUUAUGGGUUCUGAUGAUGUUUUGUUAAGUGUACUGGGCCUUGGAGACCUUGCAGACUUGACGGUAACAAAUGAUGCAGACUAUAGUUAUGAUUUGCCUGCCAAUAAAGAUGCCUUUCGAAAGACAUGGAAUCCCAAGUAUACACUACGUAGCCAUUUUGAUGGAGUACGGGCAUUAGCUUUUCAUCCUGUAGAACCUGUGCUGGUUACUGCCUCUGAGGACCAUACUCUGAAACUUUGGAACUUGCAAAAAACAGUUCCUGCCAAAAAGAGUGCCUCUUUAGAUGUAGAGCCUAUCUACACAUUUAGGGCCCACAUUGGUCCUGUUCUAUCAUUAGCUAUUAGUUCUAAUGGAGAACAGUGUUUUAGUGGUGGUAUUGAUGCAACUAUCCAGUGGUGGAAUAUGCCUAGUCCUAAUGUGGAUCCAUAUGAUACAUACGAGCCAAAUGUUCUAGCUGGCACUUUAGUUGCUCAUACAGAUGCUGUCUGGGGUCUUGCUUAUAGUGGCAUAAAAAAUCAAUUACUGUCAUGUUCAGCAGAUGGCACUGUUAGAUUAUGGAAUCCACAAGAAAAAUUGCCAUGUAUUUGCACUUACAAUGGAGACAGGGAGCAUGGAAUACCUACAUCGGUUGACUUUAUAGGCUGUGAUCCAGCUCAUAUGGUGACCUCUUUCAACACUGGUAGUACAGUAAUUUAUGAUUUAGAAACAUCACAGUCAUUGGUGAUGCUUUCAUCACAGAUAGAUUCUGGUUUACAAUCCAGUAAUCACAUUAACAGAGUAGUAAGUCAUCCCACACUUCCUGUUACAAUAACUGCUCAUGAAGAUAGACACAUCAAAUUUUUUGACAAUAAAACGGGUAAAAUGAUCCAUUCUAUGGUAGCUCAUUUGGAUGCUGUUACAAGUCUAGCAGUAGAUCCUAAUGGAAUCUACUUGAUGUCUGGAAGCCAUGACUGUUCUAUUAGAUUGUGGAAUUUGGACAGCAAGACAUGUGUGCAAGAAAUAACAGCACAUAGGAAAAAAUUAGAUGAAUCAAUUUAUGAUGUUGCUUUCCAUCCAUCAAAAGCAUAUAUUGCUAGUGCGGGGGCUGAUGCCCUUGCCAAAGUAUUUGUGUGAAUCAUCAAAAACUCUCAUCAUAACAACAGAUUAGCUUGGACACAGAGGGUCUGCAUCACUGCCAUCAAAAAUGUUACUGAUAAUGACACUACAUGUGAUCUGCCUGAUAAAGGCCAUUUGGGGCAGGCAUAAAUUGGUGGAAAUCACAUCUUAACAUCAGGCUCAUUAAUUUAAUUGUAAUUACUGUAUUUCGUGGGACAAAAAAAGGACUCCAUUAUUUGUGGCCUGUACUGGAUAUGAACUGAGCGUAUGUCUGUCUUUUAGGUAUCUUUAAGCCAGUGUGGAGUCUGAUCUUACAAAAAGACUUUUAUUUUGGACUCUGUGUGCUGCCUUAGGAUUAGGAAUGUGGUGCUCUUGUUGGGGGGAAGUGAGCUCCAAGAGUAGCUUUUUUUCAUCUCUUAGUGAUCUUCUGUUUAUCAGUUGAAUUCCACAGAUUCCCUUUUAAACUUAUUUUGCUUUAAAAAAAAUAAAAAAGAAAAUUUAACUUAAAAUAUUUUAGCAUUAGUUGCACAAAAUGUUUGGAUAAAAUUCUAGUUUUUAUAAGUCUUUUUAUAUAUUUAGCCUGUCACAACAGUGCUCAAGAUUGUAUUGAAGUUUUUCUGCAUUAUACAACCCUGAAACACAGAUCUCACUGACCCGCCGCCGCCGUGUAAGCACACUCUUUCCUUCUUUUGCGUAAUACAGCUCAGCUAAGUCUUUCCAUAAAGAUGCUAAAUCACCUUCAACAUCACAUAACUGUCUUCUUAAACCAAGGACUAUUAAGUGUAUUAAAAUGAAACGGUGGGGUUUAGUACUCCAAAUGAACUCUUAAAAAAGAAAAAAAAAACUAAUCUUGGCAUCCUAUCACUAUGUGAUAUUUUGUACAUCUUACUGUAUUUACAAGUUUAUUUAUCAAGGAUUAUCCAUCUUGCUAAUAGCCUAUUAUUUAUUUCACUUUUUGUUGGUCUUUAUAUCCUUUUAUUAAUGUGCUAAAGGAACCUGUAUAUCUAUUUUGGAACUCUUUGAAUAGUCUAAAAUAGACUAAAAAUGGAGUAUUUUAUAGUUUAAGUUACAAACCAAGGUGACUCCCCCCAGAUACAUAUCUUGGUUUACCAUGAUUCCAGAGAAAACUAUCUUGUUUUAAAAUAUUUGGAGUAAAAUUUUAUUUGCAUUACAAAUAGGAUACAAAAAUAGUUGAAUCAGGAUACAGAAAUCUGCUGUGUUUGGACUAGUUAUCCCUGUUUUAUUUUUUCAGAUGUGCUUAAUUUUAUGGUGUAACUAAAGAUUUUGUUUGUGUAAUGCAUGAUUAAGACAAUAAAAUAUUUUUUCUAGUCUUCCAAAAAACUUUUCUGAUCAGUUUGCGAGUUUUGAUGAGUUUUGUAAGGUUUUUGUUUUACAAACUAUGAAUCAGCAAAUUUUUAAGAUUGUACCACAUAGCGAACGUACAGCUGUUGAAAAAUAAUGUAUAUAAAAUGCAUAUAAUAAAUAUUAAAUUGUGUACCUGUA